AUGUCUGUACCAAGCCUCUCUGAAUCACAAAGGCGUCUUACAGCCUCCAUCAUCUACAGCAAGCCCCUCAGGCCAUGGGAAACCCGGGCUCUCCGCUUGGAACCUGUCAAUGACGAGCACGAUCAAGAAGACAUAGUUGAGGUGCACCUGGAAACCGCCGCCAUACCGCACCUGGAGGGCUUGGGCCUCGUGGAUUCGGGCGACGUGAUUCUCUACGAGGCACUCUCGUACACGUCGGACUCGCCCGUCUUCAGCCAUGCCAUCCGGUGCAACGGCCUCGACUUCAGCGUCACGGCCAACCUGCAUGCGGCUCUCGUGCACCUGCGGAGCUCUCAUGGCCAUCGUUGGCUCUGGAUCGAUGCUUUAUGUAUAAACCAGUACGACGAGGCUGAAAAAGCACGCCAAGUCCGCAACAUGUUCCACAUCUAUCGGAAAGCAAGCACCGUCCUUGUGUGGCUCGGCCCUGCUGGCCCGGGCACCUGGUUGGGUGCCGACAUCCUCAACAAGGCAUAUUAUGAUAUUCAUACAAACAUAUACGUGGACGAAUUCCUCAACGACCUUCGAGACAACGAACCAUUGGACGACGAAAGGGCCGGCGCCGACACCUUGGGGCUCGUAUCUAUGGCCUUGGAUGGGAUUGCUGACAUCUUGGGACGCGCUUGGAUAAGACGGACCUGGAUUAUCCAGGAGAUUGCGGCCGCAGCCAAUGUCAAGUUCCAAUGUGGUCGGUCGGUUACAUCGUACGACGCGUUCUUCCAUGUGAUCCCGGACGUUGGAAGAAUGCUUUGGAACACCCGUUCUGUCCUUCUGGCAGGUAAGGAGGACCCGAGCGUCUUGGAGCGCCUUAGGGAGCGACCUCGUUAUGCUUCCGUUUCCGAAAUGUUUGGCUCUCACAUAUGGGACGACGGGCCAGCCUCCUUCAGAUACUCAUUGCCCUUUACCGAAGUCCUUCACGAACUGCGGCUGCUCGUAAACGACCCUGCUGGCCGCAUCAAAUCACGGCGUACACAGACGGAGCUCCUGCUCGUGUUUCUCGUGGGGACUAUGGCCCGGGGCUUCGAUGUUUCGAUUGCCGUCGACCGGGUGUUCUCGCUUACAGCGAUGGCGGACGCCAUCUCAAGCGCUUCGUGGGGCCUGACACAUAAUAAAAGAAUAGCCAGUUCUCCGCAACAGCUCCCGGUGGACUACUCUGUCGGUCUCCGGGCCGCAGUGCUACGUGCGUUGAAGAUACGCAUGACGAGAUGA